GUGGAGUGAAGCUCCGCUGCUCUCAAUGAAAGAGGGGGUGAGCAGUAAUGCAGAGGGUUGUAAGAUGGCAGAGCUACAAAUGUUAUUAGAGGAAGAGAUCCCGGCUGGAAAAAGAGCGCUCGUGGAGAGCUACCAAAACCUUUCAAGGGUUGCGGAAUAUUGCGAGAAUAAUUAUGUGCAGGCACAAGACAAGAGGAAAGCCCUUGAGGAGACCAAAGCCUACACCACCCAGUCCCUGGCUAGCGUGGCCUAUCAGAUCAAUGCCUUAGCCAACAAUGUGCUACAGCUGCUGGAUAUUCAGGCUUCGCAGCUGCGUAGGAUGGAGUCUUCCAUCAACCAUAUCUCUCAGACUGUGGACAUUCAUAAAGAAAAAGUUGCCAGACGAGAGAUCGGGAUCCUCACCACCAACAAAAACACAUCUCGGACCCACAAGAUCAUUGCCCCCGGCAACAUGGAGCGACCCGUGCGCUACAUUAGGAAGCCCAUAGACUACACCCUGCUGGAUGAUGUGGGUCACGGUGUUAAAUGGCUUAAAGCAAAGCAAGGGAAUAACCAGCCUGCUCGGGGAGGUGGAGGAACAUUAUCCAGGACCAACCCACCCACACAGAAGCCCCCCAGCCCACCCAUGGCAGGGAGGGGUACACUGGGACGAAACACUCCGUAUAAGACCCUUGAGCCAGUCAAGCCUCCUGUGGUGCCAAAUGACUACAUGACCAGUCCAGCACGUCUGGGCAGCCAGAACAGCCCUGGACGCACGGCUUCACUCAACCAGAGACCCAGAACACACAGUGGCAGUAGUGGGGGCAGUGGCGGUCGAGAGAACAGCAGUAAUAGCAUGGGAAUCCCUCUGGCUGUGCCAACACCCUCCCCUCCCAGUAUGGCACCAGUAGUUCCUCCAGGUCCAGGUUUGGGUCCGAUCCCCAUGUCUCAGUUUGGGACGAUCUCUCGGCAGAUUUCCAGGCACAACUCCACCACUUCCUCCUCCGCCUCCAUGGUGUCAGCUACCGGCACCUACCGCCGCGCCCCCGCCAGCUCGUCGCAGUUCUCUGUGUCUCAACCACACCUGAACGGAGGUCCCACACACCCCCAGAACACAAUGUCUGUCGCUCCACCGCCUCCACCCAUGGUGCAGCUAACGCCUCAGAUUCCCCUCACUGGCUUUGUGGCCAGAGUUCAGGAGAACAUAACAGACAGCCCAUCUCCACCUCCUCCUCCUUUACCUGAGGACACGCCCCUGUUUGAGGAAGCAGCUCCACCCCCUCCACCUCCACCUGUGGAUUACGAUGAAGAAGACCCAGCCCUGGUGCACUACAAUGACCCGUAUGCUGAUGAAGACCCCAACUGGGCCCCCAAGUCCUAUAUAGAGAAGGUGGUGGCCAUCUAUGACUAUACAAAGGACAAAGACGAUGAGCUUUCCUUCAUGGAGGGCGCCAUCAUCUACAUCAUCAAAAAAAAUGAUGACGGCUGGUUCGAGGGCGUGUGUAAUGGCGUGACCGGUCUGUUUCCUGGCAACUACGUCGAAUCCAUCAUGCACUACGCUGACUAACAGCAACUCACCGAGAUAAAGUGGCCAAUCAGUUACAAACAUUGCAAAGUGCAUUAGGAUAUGACUGAAUGUUUGUUUUUGUCCAGUGUAUCCAAGCAUCUACAAUGCUCUUUUUUUAAGGAAAGAGAGCUUGUAAUGCAUUUACACAGAAUAUGAGAAGAAACAAACAGAUCUCUCUUCUCUCUGGUUAGGUUGCCAUAUAUAUUUUGUACAUAUAAUACAGUGGGAAAUUGCCUGAAGGGCUGUUGUUUUUGUGCGUGUUUGGUCAAUGUACUGAGACCCAUGUUUGCCAAGUUUCUGCUAGGUCUAGUUAGCUUUUUUUAUUUCCAAAAAAAAAAAAAAAAGAAAGAAAUUGUUCUCUCUAUUUUUUUUUUUUUUUACUCAACUGUCAAGCUAUUUCUUUAUGUCAGGAAGAAAUGUUUGAAUGUCAUUUCUUAUAUGUUAUUAUGCCUGGUAAAGAAAAUGACAAUUAUUUCUUGUCUAGCAUUUUGCCUUCAGGACUUGCUGAUAUUUUCUAUAAUUUUACCUCUCUUACCUCUCAUGACUGUAAGGUGAGGGUAAAGACAGAUGCAGUAAUGUGCAGAGAUUCUCCUUUAUAUCAAACUAAACACCAUGUUGGUGAAUCUCUCGAAACCUGUCAAAAGCAUGUAUGGGUUAUAUUUCAAUCCAAAAGUCACAGGAAAGAAUUAAGAAAUUAUAUUUUGCUUAAAGAAAAAGUCUGUUAUUAGGACCAUUAAGAUGUUUUGCAGUGUAACAUUAAUUUCAUGACAAUUAAGCACAUUUCCACCCCUAAUUCUCAUUACAGUAAUGCAAAAUUUAUAAAUAAUAAUAAUGGUAAUAUUUGAUAACGAUAAAAAAUAAUGCCGGUAUUUGUUGGACUUCCUCUAAUUUAUGCUAAUUUAAAUCAAAAAUCAUUGUAUUACAGUAUUUUUUUUAUUUUUUUUUUCUGUAUUAGAGUAAUGAGAAUCACUUUUAAGAAUUUUAAGAAUAACCAAAAAAAAAAAAAAACAUUGUUAGUAACGUGCAGACGCAUGGUAAUCAAAUAAGAAAUAUGAAAUUUGGGGUAAAUGUGAUUCAUAUUUUUACACUGAAAAAAAAUUAUACGAAGAUUUUUAGAAGAAUAUUUCAGCUCUAUUGGUUUAUUCAUUGCAAGUGAAUGGUGACCAAAACUUUGAAGUUCCAAAAAUCACAUAAAGGCAGCAUAAAAGUAAUCCAUAAGACUGCAGUGGUUUAAUCCAUGUCUUCUGAAGUGAUAUGAUAGGUGAGGGUGAACAGUUCAAUAUUUAAUUCAUUUUUUACUAUAAAUCUCUACCUUCACUUUCCCUUUCACAUUUUUUUUUCUUUUGUUUUUGAUAUACACAUUCUUCAUGCAUAUUGCCACCUACUGGGCAGGGAGGAGAAUUUAUAUUAAAAAAGGACUUAAAUAUUGAUCUUUUUCUCACCCACACCUAUCACAUCACUUUUGAAGACAUGGAAUAAACCACUGGAGACUUAUGGAUUACUUCUAUGUCUUUAUGUGCUUUUUUGGAGCUUAAAAAUGUCGGCCUCCAUUCACUUACAUUGUAAGGACAUACAGAGCUGAAAUAUUCUUCUAAAAAUCUUUGUGUUCAGCAGAAGAAUGAAAGUCAUACACAUCUGGGAUGGCAUGAGGGUAAAUGAUGAGAGAAUGUCAACUAUAUAUGUGACCUAGACAUGUUUUUAUGAGAUUCACCCGUAUUCGGUUUGAUAUUGUUCGGAAAAUGACCAUUGCUGUUUUAAACUGCUGAAGUAUUGUGAACUUUUCUUUUGCACUGACUGCGGGACACUGGCGUACUAACCAGUCCCAAACGUUGCCCAGAGAUAAAAAACAAAAAUUCUCGCAGAAUGAGAAAAUACAUCUCAAACUCGAUUGUUUUAUGAAGUAGCAAAAGCAGUUUUUGUCAUUAGAUAUUUUUUGUAUGGGGACCACAUAAAAGAGGAUGUGGAUCUUUUUUAUUUUGGCCAGUUCAGAAGGUUGGCUGAAUUUUAGUGAUAAUCCAAUGAUUUCUUUGAAUAAUCAGGUUUAGUGUGUAGUACAGAUGAAUGUGAGCUCAUAAAUCUGAAAAUAUACGAACUGUAAGCAUGGCACAAACAUCAAGAUGUUUCUGUUUUUUAGAAGUGUCUCGUACUGCUGUUGAAGGCGAACAGUGUUUGAUUACUAGUUUUAUUUAUUUAAUUCAAUUAAAUAUCUGUGAGAUUGUAUCUCACAUAUAGAGCUGUCUGAACAAUGACCACUUAAUGUUAAGCAUUGCAAGGCCUUGUCAUGAGAUGUGCAAGUGAUCUGUAAUUUAAAUGUUCUUUUGCAGAAUAUCUGCAAAUAAUAUAAUCUCUAUUAUCGUUUUGUAUAUAUAAUCUGUUUGUCUUUUUAUGUACAGUCUCUUUUAUAAUAAAGCACAGUCCUGUGCAUCACAUUGUUUUAGAUAUUUUUGGUUCUAAUGACAAAUCUUAUGAUUUG